AUGGGGCUGCGGCGGCUGCUGCUGCGCUACUACCCGCCGGGAAUUAUUCUGGAAUAUGUAGAAGGUGGUGAGCCAAAGACUAGAUCUAUAGAUCUACUUAAGCUUAGACCUGACACAGAUGCCGUAGCCUUAGUAGAAGAAAUUCAAAAGGGAGAAUCUCUCAUCACAGCUUCAUGCAAGGAACAUAUCAUACAUUUAGUACAAAGAUUGCAAGAGAAGCUAGGAGAAGAAAAGCAUCACAAGUUCAAUCUUUUUAAGGUACUUAGAGCUCAUAUCUUGCCACUGACUAAUGUCGCGUUUAACAAAUCUGGUUCCUGCUUUAUCACUGGAAGCUAUGACAGCACCUGCAAAGUGUGGGAUACUGCAUCAGGAGAAGAGCUGCAUACGCUGGAGGGACACAGGAAUGUUGUCUAUGCAGUAGCUUUCAAUAACCCCUAUGGUGACAAGAUUGCCACUGCAUCUUUUGAUAAGACCUGCAAACUGUGGAGUACGGAAACAGGAAAAUGCUAUCAUACUUUCAGAGGACACAAAGCAGAAAUAGUGUGUUUAUCCUUUAAUCUUCAGAGCACAUUGGUGGCAACUGGAAGCCUGGAUACCACAGCCAAAUUAUGGGAUAUAGAGAAAGGAGAAGAAAGAGUCACUUUGUGUGGGCACUCAGCAGAAAUUGUUGUGUUGUCUUUCAACACCACGGGAGACAGGAUUAUCACUGGCUCAUCUGACCAUUCAGUAGCAGUAUGGGAUGUUCUCUCUGGCAGGAUGUUACAUAUUUUAAUAGGUCACAGAGGAGAGAUUAGUAGUGCACAGUUCAACUGGGACUGCUCUCUAAUUGUCACUGGAUCAAUGGACAAAACAUGCAUGCUGUGGAAUGCUGUGAAUGGGACACACAUAGCAACUUUAACAGGUCACAAUGACGAAAUAUUAGAUGUGCGCUUUGAUUAUGUCGGCCAGCGUAUUGUAACUGCCUCUGCUGAUGGAUCAGCAAGAGUCUAUAAUGCAGGAACAAAACAGUGUAUUGCAAAGCUAGAAGGGCAUGCAGAUGAAAUUUCAAAGGUAUGUUUCAACCCUAAAGGCAAUCGUAUACUAACAGCCAGCUCUGAUAAAACAGCUCGUCUCUGGGAUGCUGCUACUGGACAGUGCCUUCAGAUAUUAGAGGGUCAUACCGAUGAGAUAUUCUCCUGUGCUUUCAAUUACAAAGGCGAUAUAAUCAUUACAGGGAGCAAGGAUAACACCUGUAGGAUAUGGCGCUGA